CCCGCAGCGGGCGGAAGCAGCAGAGAAGCAGAAGUCGUUGAUCUCACAGAGAGUUUAGAGUCUGUAACUUGUCUGUUCCGGACUGUUCCGAGGCGGGUGAUCCGGGUCCAGGUCUGAAGGCGCCCCCUCUGUGCCGGGUCUCUGUUAGCUGUUAGCCUGUUAGCUUCAGGUAACGUCUCGUGCCAUUAAACAUGUCGGCAGGAGAGCAGAGAGCGACGUUCCUGUUCCAGCUGCCGCCCGUCGUCCUGUGGGAGUUCUGCCGGGUCAUGGACGGGCUGUCGGACAUGGACUGGACCCGCUUCGCCUCAGAGGUCCUCGGGGAUCAGACCGCCGUACGAUUGGCCGAGAGGAGGAAGAGGCGGACCGACUGGGUGAUGAACCAAUGGGAGAACAGGAAUGGUUGUGUAUGGGAGCUGAUCGACCUGUUGGAGCGUCUGGAGCUGCUCCGCCCCCGUGAUAUCAUCCUGGGCUGGGCCUCCAGUCUGAAGGACUCUUCCUCUCCUCCUCCUCCUCCUCCUCCUCCUCCUCCUCCUCCUAAGGCAAUGCCCACACUGAGCACCGUCAGACUGAGCUCGACAGAAGGAGGAGGAAGACCCCUCCCCAGACCGGACCCGCCCCCCCCCAAUCUGAAGUCUGACUUCUACCAACCCGCCCCGCACCCCCCGGUGGUCUCAAGCAGCAGUGGGGUGAUGUGCUGGUCGUAUGAAGAGGUGCAUGCCGGGACGAUGGGGUUCUCCCCCUCCCUGCAAGUGGGGGAGGGGGGGUUCGGCGUUGUGUACCGAGCGUCUCUGAGGAACACCGACUGUGCUGUCAAGAGGCUCAAACAGGACUGUCUGCUGGACUGGACUCUGCUGAAGGAGAGCUUUCAGACUGAAGUGGACAAACUAUCAAAGUUCAGACAUCCGAACAUCGUGGAUCUGUUGGGCUUCAGUGAAGGACCAGAGUCAGUGUGUCUGAUCUACAGCUACAUGGAGCUCAGAUCACUGGAGGACCAGCUACACAAUGAGUGUGUGUCCCUGUCCUGGCCUCAGAGAGUGGGCGUGGUUAAAGGAGCCUCGGCAGCGCUGCAGUUCCUUCACUUCCCACCGGGCGGACACGCAACGCUGAUCCACGGAGACGUCAAGAGUUCAAACAUCCUGCUGGACCGCCACCUGGUGGCCAAGCUGGCGGACUUCGGUCUGGCUCGGUUCGCGGCUCGCGGCUCAGCGGGGCGCUCGGCGGCUCAGACGGCGUCGGUGGGUAAAACGGCGACGGUCAGAGGAACGCUGGCAUACCUGCCCGUCGAAUAUGUGCGGGACGGGGAGCUGGGGACGGCUGUGGACGUCUACAGCUUCGGAGUGGUUUUGAUGGAGGUUCUGACCGGACGUCGAGCUCUGCAGACGGACAGGAAGUCAGGAGAGACAUACCUGAAGGACCUGGUGGAGGAGGUUGAGGACAGUCUGACUGGUUCGCCUGCAGAGGCCUGGAGGAAACAGCUGGACCACCGGCUGAUCACAGGGGGCGCUGCAGAACCUGCUGGCUGCAUGGAGGUGGUGGCUCUGGCCUGCAGGUGUCUGGACAAGAAGCGGAAGAAGAGACCAGCCAUGACAGAGGUGUUUGACAAACUUCAGGAUAUCCAUGUCAUCGCGAGCAAGACCAGGUCCUCCCCGCCCCUCCGUUACCCUCCUCACCCUCGUCUUCAACCGCGCCCCCUGGACUCCAGUAUGGGAGUGCUGUCCAGCCAGCUGUCCAAACUGGGACCACUAGAGGAUAGCUACCAGCUCUCCCAGUGCUCUCGGUUGUCCUCUUCCUCCUCUUCCUGCUCCCUCACCCCUCCUCACGCGCUACACUCCUCCUCCUCCUCCUCCUCCUCCUCUUUCGCCGGUCCGUGUGAAACCGAUGAGAGUCGAGGCUUCUCCCAGUAUGACAUUCGCUCCCAGUUCAGCUCUAACGGGACCAGCUUCAGGUCUCAGUUUCCAUCCCUCAGAGACCAGUAUCACAGUCCAACUGGGUCCACAGAGUCCCAGUUGAGCCAGCCCUCUGUCCCCACUGAAGACCAGUACCAGUUCUCUCCCCUCACAGGGCCCCCCCCAGGACCAGACACUGAAGGGCAGACCACAGCAAGACUCUAUGGUGUCCCAGAAUGCCUCUCUCCUGGGGGGUCCCUACAGUCGUCGUCUCCGGAGCCCUCAGUCCUCGUGACCUGCAGUGAAAAGAAGCUGCUGUCGCCUGACGACCUCUAUGAAGGGAGGAGCUCAGAGCGAGGACCGGAGGAGAGCGACGAGCUGGAUUAUCUUCCUGCUGAGCGCGACCGGCCUGAAUUGUGAAGACUUUUCUAAAUGUGUUAAUGAACUGAAAGGAGGCCGCAGUGGGUCCAUGUGAAGCAGAACUGAAACGAUUCAUUCACUAACUUUAUACAAAUCAAUAAACACGGUCACGUGAAGUUAUGACGUGACACCUGUGACUGUG